ACUGUUUUUAUGCGGCACUUCAGAACGCGGAAGUGAAGCGCUGCUGUUUAUGUUUUGGUCCGGGACGACGGUACACUUCAGUAGUUUGACAUCAUGGCGGUGAGUGCGGUUCACCUGGAGUCCGACGCCUUCCUGGUGUGCAUGAACCACGCGCUGAGCACGGAGAAGGAGGAGGUGAUGGGGCUGUGCAUCGGAGAGGCUGAGCCCGCCAGGAUCGUCCACAUCCACUCGGUCAUCAUCCUCCGCCGCUCUGACAAGAGGAAGGACCGGGUGGAGAUCUCCCCGGAGCAGCUGUCCGCGGCCUCCACCGAGGCGGAGCGGCUGGCAGACAUGACCGGCCGCCCGAUGCGGGUGGUGGGCUGGUACCACUCCCACCCGCACAUCACUGUGUGGCCCUCCCACGUCGAUGUCAGGACGCAGGCCAUGUACCAGAUGCUGGACCAGUGCUUCGUGGGCCUCAUCUUCUCCUGCUUCAUAGAGGACAAGAACACCAAGACGGGGCGCGUGCUCUACACCUGCUUCCAGUCCGUGCAGAAGGGCUCCGAGUACGAGCGGGUGGAGAUCCCCAUCCACGUGGUGCCCCGUGAAGCCAUCGGGAAGGUGUGCCUGGAGUCCGCCGUGGAGCUGCCGAAGAUCCUGUGCCAGGAGGAGCAGGACACCUACCGCAAGAUCCACAGCCUGGCGCACCUGGACCCCGUCACCAAGAUCCACAACGGCUCGGUGUUCACCAAGAACCUGUGCAGCCAGAUGUCUGCGGUGAGCGGCCCGCUGCUGCAGUGGCUGGAGGACCGGCUGGAGCAGAACAAGCAGAGCAUCGUGGAGCUGCAGCUGGAGAAGGAGAGGCUGCUGCGGGAGCUGGCUGCUCCCUGAGCCGGGGGGACAUGGAGGGUGGAUGGGGGGACACUUGUUGUCCUGCUGUUGUUGGACAGGGGAAACGGACCUUCUGUUUGGCUGGUUUUAGCUUCUUUACCAUGUACCAGGCAGGGCUUGGUAUCAAACCUCAAUAUUAGUAUGAACCGAAGUGUCCAUAAUAUAAAGAAAACGGUCUAAUGCCAAAAGUAUGAUCAGACUGUGUUAUAUUGAGACUAGAGCUGGUCUAACUUGUACUUUCAGUAAUGUGUAAACUGGGAUUUGGCCUAUAAUAUAUCAGAGAAGGAUGACAAAAUGUCCAUCACAACCUCCGAGAGAAUGUCUUAAGUCUGACCAUAAGUUUUAAGAUUAACAAUGAUAUAAAAAGGAAAAGCUUUGAAUCGUCACAUUUGAGAAGCGGGAAUCAGAGCAUUUUAGGGGUUCCGUUUCCUCGGAGGCGUAGUUUUGUUAAGAAAAUAUCUUAUAUUCCUUAGUUAGGUGGAUUUGGUAUCUCUAAAACUUUUUUAAUCCUGCCAAAAGCAAGAUAUUUUCAUUAGGUUGGAAUGAUGACAAUGUGAUGGAAAGAUACCCUUACCCACCAUGACACUAAUGGACAACUGAAGCAAAAUCUGAUGUGAAAUAUAAAAUAAUUGAUGGUAAACUGGUAAAAACACGCCUCCCUUUGUUGGAGGAGUGACAGAGAAUGUGCCUUUGGACUAAUGACAGUAGCUGUACAUACUGUAUGCUGUGAAUGGGGGUUAUUGGGUGAAGAGGAUGUUAGCGGUUGCUGUUAAACAUAAACGGAAGCAUCUGUAAUGCUUCGGAUGACAUUUUGUUUACCCCGUUUGCUUUGUUCCCUCUCCUGUCUUCUCCAGAUGUUUUUGAAGGAGCAUCAUACAGGUGUGAAUAUCAUGGUGUGUUUCUCUGCAUCUGUGAAAUGUAAAUAAAAAGACAGAGACUUCACUGUCACUUUCGUUUAGUUAUGAAA